AUGGGUGUCUAUAACACUUGUUAUCAUCGUAGUCUUUCCAUCGUUACUUUAUUAUUAUCUGAAAUCGACUUAUUUUACACGGCGUGGUAUCAUACUGAGUAUGCCGUCUCAUUUUCUGCUCGGAAAUAUACUACAUUUGGCAUGGAUUUCACGAAAAACUGGUUCCAUACUGGAUAUUUAAAAGAGCACUUUGGCGAUAUUUGCCAGAAGAAAAUCAAAGCUGAACUUGCUGACUACGAUGGUCAACAACUAGACACAUUGAUACUCUACGAACAUUGA